CUAACGACAGCCGACGAGCCCCCACACUAUACGCCACGUGUCACCACAUGCACCAUCCAUAAUUGAAUUCCCGAAACUACCCCUGAGAUCCCACUCCCUCUCCCAUGUAUUCCUCUUUCCUCCUUAAACCCCCUUUCACUCCUUAGAUUCUAACGCCACCUGAUUUCGUUCGAUUUCUUCUGCAAAACCUAUCAAUUUCUUCACAAUCACAAUUCAUCAUCUGCUUUCGAGAUGAUGACGGCCGAGGUUGAGGUGGAGAGGAGUGAUGUACAGCUGAAGCGCCUCGGAUUCGUUAGAGGUCUGGCGAUCAACGCCGCCGUUUUGGUCACGGCUCUCUACGGCUACGCCAAGGAGAAUUCCGGCCCGCUGAAAUCCACCGUCGGGAAGGUCGAGAACGCCGUCACCGCCGUUGUCGGCCCCGUUUUCGAGAGGUUCAAAGGCGUUCCUGGUGAUUUCCUCGUUUUUCUCGAUAGAAAGGUAGAUGAAGCAAGCUUGAAAUUCGAAGAAUGUGCUCCGCCCACUGCAAAGGGCGUGGCCAUAAAGGCUCAGGCGAUAGCAAAGGAAGCAUCGCGACUAUUGCAAGAGCUCGUUGAGGAAGCUAAAGCAGAGGGUCCGAUUGCAGCCAUUUCCCACGCUGGUAGAAUCUCAAAGGAUGUUGCAGUGAGCGGAUUGGCCGUGGCGUGGUACAAGGCCAACCAGUUCCCGGCCUUGCACGGGGUGUUGGAGAUAGCUGUUCCGACAGCCACACAUUGGUCGGAGAAGUACAACAGUCUGGUUAAGGAUCUGGCCGGGAAAGGGUACACCGUCUUCUGCUACGCCCCGUUGGUCCCCGUGGAGGAGAUGGAGAAGGCGUAUAAGCAGGUGGAGGCGGCAGCAAAUAAGAAGACGGAUGCGAGCAGCUCGAGCGCGAGUGACUCGGAGAAGGAGGAGUAGGUUUAGGGUUCUUGUAAUGCUUGAUGAUGAGGUAGCAAGAGUGUGUGUGUGUGUGGGUUUCAAGACUUUUGUUUGCCUGUAAAUAAUUCCUGGACGAACUUCUUAGUUUGAUUGUGAGCUGUCUUUCUUGUACAUCAGCUAUGUUUCGAGUUAAGCCAUCAUAAUUCAUGCUUUAACACCAUAUUAACAGCUA